UCUUUUUCCCGGGCAUAAAAUCAGACCAAGCUCUCCCCUCUUCCCUCCCCAACCCAAGACUAGUUGGCAAGAAAGGAAGGAAGAUUUGAGGAGGGGUGAGGGUGGAAGGAGUGAGAGUAUGGGAUCCCUCGAGCAAGAGAAUUCCUCGAUAGAUCGAAUCAACAAGGUGGCUGGAGAGUUGAUCAAAGGGAAGGAAUCAGCGAUCCAGCUCAAGAGCCUACUGCAAGAGUCCUUUGCAUCAGAGGAUCAAGAAAAGAACUCUGUGGUUGGGAUCUUUAUUGAAGAAAUUUUGGGCUCCUUCUCUAGAGCAUUCACUAUCUUAAACUCUGGCAAGGCACCAGAGGCCCCUCUCGAUCAGGCAGCUACUCCUUGCUCUGAAGAGCAAGAAAGCAAGAAUUCAGGUAAGAAGAGGAAGAUCCAGUCAUCUCGAAGAAGUGGUUAUAGGAGAAGGGCUCAUCUAUAUUCAUGUACAAGAAUCUUAUCAAAGACGAUGGAUGAUGAUCAUACAUGGCGAAAAUAUGGACAGAAAGAUAUCUUCAAUUCUAAGUAUCCAAGGAGCUACUUCAGAUGCACUCACAAAUAUGACCAACAGUGUCAAGCCACAAGACAAGUCCAGCAAUCCGAGGCUGAUCCCUCCAUGUAUGUGAUCACUUACAUGGGAGAGCACACAUGCAGAGAUCCUACCAUAUCUCCCCAUCUUCUCCCACCUUCCCAUCGGAGACCAUCUUCUAUCAUUAGCUUUGGAUCAGAAACCACUGCAGAUGACCAAAAAGAAGUCCCCUUCAACUCUUCCUGCUUCUCAGUAAUGAAGCAAGAGAUUGAUGAGGAAGUGCCGAGUGAUCCAACCCCAAGAAUCUCUUCCUCAGAAUUUCUCAUGCUGCCAGACCUCGGAACAUUUGAUUGGCGUGCACCAAUGGAACAAUACAUGGGGAUUGCAUUGGAUCAAUGCGAUGCUAUGUCCGAUAUGCACUCUUCUAAUAGUUGUUUGGAUAUGGAAUUGAACGGAGUCUCAUUUGAACUUGACGAUCUGUUUGGUGUCGAUCAGGACAAGCUUUUCUAAGAUUAGAUGCAGUCUUGAAAGGAAAUACUGCUAGCUAUGAGAAUUUUUUUUUCCUUUUUAUUUUUGAGAGGUAAGAUUAGCUAUGAAACUUUUUAGUGUAUAGUGAGAGAAGCUUUCUGAAAGCUCUUGUGUACUCUAAUUUGAAUUUUCUUCGCCAUUAAGGAAUAUGAAAUAGCUUUUUUUCCCAGAA